GGGCUAGGUUUUUUCACACUGGUUUCAGUGGCAUCACGAGGAAGAAGGAUACGGAUGAAGAAGAAGAAGAACCUAACUUUGUUCUCGACUGCAUAUGCUCCAGGAGCUCGCGAAACCCACCCCCCAGCGACAGUUACGGCCAAACCCUCAUAACCACCGCCAUACCACACCCCGACCAUCGUGAUCGGACCCAAACGCACCGGCUUCAGCUCCGCCGCCAAGCCCGACCCUCCCCUGCCGUUCUGCCUUCACAGUUUCGUCGGAAAAUCUCGAAAUCCGACCGGUUUCAGGCGAAAUUUCGCCGCCGUUGCACGCCGUCUUCCGGCACCAAAUCAGUUGAGUAAGGUUAAUUUUCGAGUUAGGGUUUGGCCGGUUUUGGAAUCGCAAUUCCGGCCACUUCCGCCCAUUUUUCAGGCGGCCAUAAAAAGGGAAAAAUUACCCCUCAAAACCCUAAUUAGGCGACUCAGCUGCAAUAGCCCAAGUAACAGUGAUUGAACCGCUUCCUUGCUUUGGUUGCUUGUGUCUAUAUGGCGGAUUCAGGUGGAAAUGCAGAACCUGGAGAAGUUUGCAACUUCUUCCGGAAGCCAAUAAAGAAGCAAAACAUUAGAAAGCGAAGGGUUGAUGAAGAUGAGGAGGAUGACGGCUCAAAAUCUGGGGGCACAUCAUUACCAAGUCAAAGAAAAGCCUCAAAGCUUGAUGGCAAGCUGUAUUUUUCUAGUGGACCUGCUAAGAGCUCUACUCCUGGUAGUGGUGCAAUCUUUGAGUUCAAGUCUUCCAAAGAAAUCCAAGUUGAACAUGAUAGUAGAGCAACUGCGACUUUGGAGACUGAGACAGACUUCUCUAGAGAUGCUCGAGCAGUUCGUGAGAGAGUUCUUAAGCAGGCAGAGGAAGCUUUGAAGGGGAAGAGCAAAGGCACUGAGAACGACAAGUUGUAUAAAGGGAUCCAUGGAUAUACUGAUUACAAGGCUGGGUUCCGAAGAGAGCUAACAGUGGCCAGUGAGAAAGCGGGAGGUUCCCAUGGGCCUCUCAGGGCUUCUGCUCACAUCAGAGCUACCACAAGAUUUGAUUACCAGCCAGACAUCUGUAAGGAUUACAAAGAGACUGGCUACUGUGGUUAUGGAGAUUCCUGCAAGUUUAUGCAUGAUCGUGGAGACUACAAGUCUGGGUGGCAGAUGGAAAGGGAGUGGGACGAAGCAGAGAAAAUAAGGAAGAGAAAUUUAGCUUUGGGUGAGGAUGAUGUGGACCAGACUGACGAAGAUGACGAGGAUGAUGAGGAUGGCUCGUUGCCGUUUGCAUGUUUCAUCUGCCGCCAACCAUUUGUUGAUCCUGUUGUGACUAAAUGCAACCACUACUUCUGCGAGCACUGUGCACUAAAGCAUCAUUCAAAGAACAAGAAGUGCUUUGUGUGCGAGAAGCCUACCCUUGGCAUAUUCAACACAGCUCAUGAGAUACGCAAAAGGAUGGCCGCAGAGGGCAAAUAACAGCCACUAAAUUCACUUAUUGAACUCUUUGUUUUCAAGGCCUGUGAGCAGUAACAUUUCCACACUCCAUGGUCAAGUUUUGAAGAGAAAGUUCACUUGUGACUCUUUCAAGGCAUGUGAGCAGUAACAUUUCCACACUCCAUGGCAGAGCUAGAUGAAAUUCGUUUUACUUUGUUAAUGUAAAUCUGUUUUAAUCUUUCUUUCUUUGGUGGUAUAUCAACGUUGCCCGUAGCAGGGCCUCAAGUUUUGCGUCACCUAUGUAGCUGUUCUAUUCAUCUUAUGCAGAUUAUUGAUUUAUUAAAUUUGAACUUCCGUUCAAUA